GAUCGACAGAAUCGACAACGAAUCAGUUUCAGCCGGAAUCAUGGCAGACAGAAGAAGAGACGGCUAUAAUCCAGAAUGGAGAAAGGAUAAACAAAUCCAGCCUAUUUUCAGGCAGCGAGCUCGGUCGAACUGACAGUAGCCUGAGGAGCUGGAUCUGGUACCUGGCUCCCAAGACUAUUUGCCUGGUAGUUUUGUCUCUAAUUUACCUGGGGUUUUCUCUGCUGGGAAUCAAAAUGUGGAGUUCCUCAGAUGAUAAUGUCUAA